GUUCUCCUCCGUCAUUCGUAUGGACGCGAUAAAAGCUCGUCGUCCUCGUCGCCGUCGACCAGUUACGCCUCCCUACGUCGCUGCGAGACCUCGAGAAACCGCUUCGUCGCGCUUCGCUCGAUUAUCUACAGGAACUACAGUUGCGAGAGAUCGAUCGACAAGAUGUCUCACCCGGCUAGAGAUCCGGCAUCGGAACAGCUGAACGAAUACAAGAAAACUCUCAAGGGUGAGCCAUUUGUAUUAUUAACUGCAAAUGGAGUACCUAUUGCCGAGAAAAAAGCCAGCCUCACGGUUGGUCCUCGUGGACCAAUGUUGCUGCAAGACUAUGUUUACCUGGACGAAAUGUCGCAUUUUGACAGAGAAAGGAUCCCGGAACGAGUUGUGCAUGCGAAGGGAGCCGGUGCAUUUGGUUACUUUGAAGUCACCCACGAUAUCACCAAGUACUCCAAAGCUAAGGUAUUUUCCAGCAUCGGAAAGAAGACUCCCAUUGCUGUGAGAUUCUCCACCGUUGGUGGCGAAAGCGGUUCUGCCGAUACUGUCAGAGAUCCGCGUGGAUUUGCCUUAAAGUUCUAUACUGAGGAAGGCAUCUGGGAUCUCGUCGGCAACAAUACGCCGAUCUUCUUUAUCAAGGAUCCUCUGUUUUUCCCAAGUUUCAUACAUACGCAAAAGAGAAAUCCCGCGACCCACUUGAAGGAUGCUGACAUGUUUUGGGACUUUAUUUCCCUCAGACCUGAGACGACGCAUCAAGUUAUGUUCCUCUUCAGUGAUCGCGGCAUUCCUGACGGACAUCGUCAUAUGAACGGCUACGGUUCUCAUACAUUCAAGUUGAUUAACAGCAAGAAUGAAAUGGUCUACUGUAAAUUCCAUUACAAGACCAAUCAAGGAAUCAAGAAUCUUCCAGUGGAGAAAGCUAACGAGCUCAGCGCUUCCGAUCCUGAUUAUUCCAUUAGAGAUCUUUACAAUGCUAUCGCUAAAAAGCAAUAUCCGUCUUACACGUUCUACAUCCAAGUAAUGACUGUUGAUCAAGCAAAGACUUUCAGGUGGAAUCCAUUUGACUUGACAAAAGUGUGGCCUCAUAAGGAAUAUCCGUUAAUACCAGUGGGCAAACUGGUAUUUGAUCGUAAUCCCGAAAACUAUUUCGCUGAUGUGGAACAAUUGGCCUUUGAUCCGGCGCAUAUGGUACCUGGCAUCGAGCCCAGUCCCGAUAAAAUGUUGCAAGGUCGACUUUUUGCUUAUGCCGAUACUCAUAGGCAUCGCUUGGGACCGAAUCAUCUUCAGCUGCCAGUGAAUUGUCCUUAUAAGGCGAUCUCUACGAUGCAUUAUCAACGAGACGGUAACAUGCCGAUAUACAAUCACGGAGGCGCGCCGAAUUAUUUUCCAAAUAGCUUCUCCGGACCGAGAGAGUGUCCAGCCGUUCGUUCGCCGCCAUUCCAGGCAAGCGGAGACAUAGACCGUUACGAUCCUCAGGACGAGGAUGACUUCGGACAGGCUACCACCUUUUGGAAGAAAACCCUCGACGAACCCGCUAGACAGAGAUUGGUAGAAAACUUGGUGGGAAGUCUACGCAACGCCUCAGCGUUUAUCGUCGAGCGAGCCGUGCGAAACUUUGCUCGAGUGGAUGUUGAUCUUGGUCAGAGAUUGACAGAUGGCUUGCGCAAAUGUGGGAUGCAGAUCAAUGCUUUGGGAAAAUCCGCCAAUCUCUAAACUUUAUAUUUGUCUCUCUCUUAAAUUUUGUAUCAUAAUUUGUAACUUUCUACUUAAAUACGUAAUAUUUUACGACAUGUUAUAUUUUACAUUAAUUGUUUAUCAAAGUUUGUGUUAUUGAAAAUAUUUUUUUCCAUGUAUACAAUGUUGUAUACUGCUUUGAAUUAUCGACGUUUUUCAUUCUAGAGUUACUUCUCCUUUUAACGCUAAUACGCUAAGGGUGUAGGUGUGAACCUAUCUGUGGUGCCUUUUACAUGUAAAGUAAAUGCAUCAUACCUGUUCGAGGAUUUUUCUAAAAAGAAAUAAUGUAUUUCUACUCUUUAUCAUUUUUUACUGUAUCUUGCUAUAGCUAUCCAGACGUCAUCUUGCUACCUGGAUAUUAUUGAUUGUAAUACAAUAAUAUAAAUGAACAUUUUAUAAACCUAAUAAUUCUUUCGAAGGAAGAGUGCCUUUAUAAUGGGGAUUUGUAUGUAAAUAAAAUUUGAAUACUUAAGAUGCAUUAUAUAUCGUA